GGAUUAGUAAGUAUCAAAGCCACUCUCUAGGCGAAUUCGAUAUUACAAAAAUAGCUUUGCAAAAUCAUUAUUUAUAGUUUGGCUUUGAUUUUGCAUUUUUUUCCUUCCUAGAAUUGAUCGUCUGCUUCUAAGAUCUUGUUUGUUGAUUGUUGUCUUCUAACACCAUCUCCAUUAACGAAUCUUAUCAAUGUCUUUUAAAGUUGCUAAUAAUAGCUUGAUUUUGGUAAGGAUCGAUCGUUAAAUUAGACGUUUUAGAUUCAUUUAGAAACUUGUGGGUGUAAGUCAUAUUUAUUAAAAUUCUCUCUCUAUCAAGGUGGUGUACUAGUUCGCCCUAAAGUUUUUCUCUCAGGCACAAAACCCAAGAAGCCGCUCCUUCAACGAAAUGGUUUGUUUCUUCCGGCGAUGCUUCUCCGUUAAUCUCCUCUCCUGACUCGUGUUUGCUAAGGUGUGUUCUCUCUUUGGUGGAUCUCUUUUACCGUUCUCUGGUGAGGUUUUUCACAGGAGAUGAUUUCCUUGAUUCUGUCGACUUCGAGCCAUUCUCGUCACUUACCGAUGUCUUCGGUCGCCUUCCUCGUCCUGAGGCCCCCUCGUGCACCACCGCCAGAGCCUCCAUCUCCGCCGACGCCACCGGACCCACCAGACCCUCAGAUCUAUUUUUCCUUUGGUGAAUCUCUUGUCCAGCCGCUGAAUCUCACUUCUUUCAGAGCAAGUGAUUCGCUCAACAUCCUUCUCUCCUCCGCCAUACCUAGCUUCUGCCGCCGGCGAAGCCCCUUCUCCUUCCGACCAUUGAUGCUUCCCAUUGAGCCUCCCUUUGCAAGUUGGGUUGCCCUCACCUUACCUCCCCCGAUAUUCCCCCAGAUGAAGAAUUAUAUCUCAAUUCGAUCCCAGGCAUCUUCUGGUGAUAGCAAAAAGAUUGUUGGAGUUUUCUGCUACAAUAACCCUAACUAACUUCCUUGGCUGCGUCGAGAAUGCCUUAGGAAUCCGCGACUGGCUUGAAUCACAAGGACAUCAGUACAUUGUCACUCACUAAUGACAAAAGAAGGCCAUGACUGCGAAUCUAUGGCUGAAGUCACGGGAAGCUUUUGCUACAACUUAUUGUACCAUGACCGGCUUCAGAUGGCACCAGAGCUGGAGAAAGAGAUUGGAGCUAAGUACGUUAAGGAUAUAAACGAAAUGCUCCCUCAAUGCAACGUUGUAGUCGUCAACAUGCCUCUCACGGAGAAGACAAGAGGAUUGUUCAACAAAGAGCUGAUAGUGAACAACGCAAGAGGAGCCAUCAGUUGUUCAGCCUCCUUGUGUUGCUUUGGCUCACAUACUGUAUGGUUUGAGUUACACUGGCGUGCAAAGCUUUCUCGGUCUUUCUCACACAACUGGAUCUAUCGUCCAAGUUUAAUUCUUUUCUCUUCAUUUAUGCUUCCAUAUAAGCCAAAGUUUCAACAUGUCGAAUCAAGAAGAACGUGUGCAACCAACAAGCAAGCCAAAAUUUAUGUGGACCCAUGAAAUGAGUCAUGAGAUGCUAGUGUUAGCCAGUGGUGAGAAAGAUAAAGGAUACUGGAGAGGUACAUGUUUUAGUGAAAUGGGAAGACAGAACAUACGAGCAGGAUUUUUGAAACGGUUUGGUUUGGACUUGCAAUGGAAAAAAAUUAAAACUCGGCUAGAGCAUUUAAGAAAGCAAUAUGAUAUCUAUAAACGUGUCACAAAGAACGUCACAGGGGUGGGAUUCAAUGAGUUUGGAGAGCUUGACAUGAGCCCUGACUGGUGGGAUCAACUCAUUGCGGCUUAUGAUUCAGAUGAGUACGAAACGAUGGAAGAAGAAACAUUGAAUCCUUUUGAUUUAGAUGACGUACCCGAAAACGAAAACACACAUUAUGAACCUACAGGAGAUGCAUAUAUGAAUGGGAUCCGAAACAAUAUUGCAGAAAGUAUUUGGGCUGCUCGACAUUAGUUAUUAAUAAUUUUGAGAUUAUGUUUUAUAUG